AUGCUGCAGCCGGCUAAGGUGCCCAAGGCUUGGCAGGGGCUCUCCCAGCUCAAGCUGUUGGCCCCUGGAGCCCAGGCCCUCUAUCUGAGGCCCCGCCUUUUGUCAGGACAGGGUCCUACAGGAACUGGAAGACAAGGCUGGCCCCAGGGCCCUGGGUUUCGCACGAGGCUGCUGGUCACAGCCCUGUUUGGGGCAGGGCUCAGCGCUGCCUGGCUGGCUGCUCGGGCAGAGAAGGAGCGGAGGCAACAGGAACGACGGACAGAGGCCCUGCGCCAGGCAGCCGUGGGCCAGGGCGACUUCAGCCUGCUGGACCACCAGGGCCAAACCCGCUGCAAAGCUGACUUCCGAGGCCAGUGGGUCUUGAUGUACUUUGGCUUCACCCACUGCCCUGACAUCUGCCCUGAUGAGCUGGAGAAGCUGGUGCACGUGGUACAGCAGCUGGAGGCCCAGCCCAACCUGCCCCCCGUGCAACCUGUCUUUGUCACCGUGGACCCUGAGAGGGACAACGUGGCGGCCAUGGCCCGCUAUGUGCAGGACUUCCACCCACGGCUGCUGGGUCUGACCGGCUCCACUGAGCAGGUGGCCCAAGUCAGUCGUAGCUACCGUGUGUACUACAGUGCUGGCCCCAAGGACGAGGACCAGGACUACAUCGUGGACCACUCCACCACCAUCUACUUGCUCAAUCCAGAUGGCCUCUUCACAGACUACUACAGCCGGGGCAGGUCGGCCGCGCAGAUCGUGGAGAGUGUGCAGCGCCACAUGGCUGCUUUCCGCAGUGUGCUGGACUGA